AUUCCAGACCUAAUUUGAUGUCAUUUGAAACAAAUUGAUAUCAUUUGCUUAUCUUUAGCCUUUUGGCAAACUUCGAGAGCGUUGUAAGAAUUUCUGGCGCGCACGUUGAAAUCGCCCAACCACCCGUUGCGCAUCCCAGCCACGCACUUUACAGGCCUCGUUUCUGGGUUAACCAAGCACCAUCGCCCAGCCUGAGCCACGCAACACUCUUCCUUCUCUCUAUUAUUUCUUUCUCCUUAUCUCAGAAACAACACUAUUCCCAUAAUCAACACCACACGACUCAUUUAACGAUAUCCGUCACAUGCCACACUCGUUCGAUUGAUAUAUCAAGAAUACUCACGUCGACUGCUUGGUCUUAUUUACGAUUGAGCUCGGCUGGGCUACAGCACCCUUAGCCUAGCUUGCACAUAUCCAUCUCCGACUGAGACCCCUUCAUUCUACUUCAUUCCAUCAUGGCACCCGCUAUCAUCCGCUCAUUGCGAAGUUCGCCUUCACUCACACAGCACGCCCCGCGUGCUGCCGAGGCCUUUUCCACACUCUCGGGACACUUACUUCAGGGCAGCAAAGUGCUGCUAGCUCGAGAUAAUAAGGACGACGACAAGAACGAUAGACAUAAACCAUCGGUCGAGCCCGACUCAGGCUCGUUCGACCCUCACAACAUCAGCAAUGCCGGUUUCUUCUUUCUCUUUGCCUUGAUCGGUGUCGCCUUCGUGUGCACUGGUAUUUGGUUCUUCUUCUGGGCCAAGAACGGUGGCUUCCAAUUCAAGGAAACAGAUUGGGAUGACUACAAAUCUACUGUUCUCCGACGCACUGGACCUAACGGCACUAUUCUCUCCAACGCAACCCGACCAACAAACCUCGGUGGUGGCAGCGUGUACAAGGAUGUGGACGAUGAUAACACAACUGUAGUUACAGAGAGCACAACACUUACGGGUAUCACAGCUGGAGCAAGCGACAUUGGUGCACGUGAGAAGCGACGCCGCAAGCAAGAGAAGCGAGAUCGUGAACGUGCAAAGAAGGGCAAGAAGACUAGCCGUCAUGUUGGCGAAGCGGGCGUUGAAGAUGAAGAGGCCGAACUUGCAGCCAAGAAGGAACUCCGCAGCUAUCGCCAUGAAAGACCUGCCCGCGUCGGUGGACUGAACAAGGAGAGUGAAGGCUCCGAAUGGGACGGCUCUACCAACCCCGGCACAGAAUCCAACGUCUCAACAAACCUUCUCUCUGACCGUCAGACUACUCCCACAACCACACCUACCAAGUCCAAGGGCGGCAUCCGCAAGGUCUACUCCACCGCUGAUCGUCGCGAGAACCGUGAGGCAGAGCGCAUGCGCGCCGAGGCCCGUCGUCUUCGUGAAGCUGGUCGAGCAGCCCGUCGUGACUUCAGCUACCAGCGUGCCGAGAGCUACACCCGCGCCGAUAGCCAGGUCAGUGAGAGUCUCCUAGAUGGAUCGCAGGUAACUCGUACCACAGACGAUAGUGGCGACCUGGGUACCAAGAGCUAUCACCACCCGAUGCCUGAGCUGAGGGAGCUUGAGAGGGAGACGAGGAGAGGAGUGUUAAGGUUACCGUGAUAAGGGUAUGACGAAAGCCUUGAAUGGGUUUUAAGGUAAAAUGCGACUUUCUUGCUUUGGGUUUUGGGUUGGGUUCACUGCGUGCAUGUAGAUGUAUAACGUUAAUGUAAAUAGGCAUGGUAACAGAUUCUCACGGACAUGAAUUGAUAUGCUGAGAUUGUUAGAAUAUGAGAUAGGCAAUGCAUUGAAUAAACAUGAUGCUCUGACUUGAGAUGAGUAUG